GCUCUCUCUCUCUCUCUCUCUCUCUCUCUCUCUCCGCCCGUUGGCCUCCGCCGAGAAUGCAGGGCGACGCGGACGGCCACUACUUCUUCUUCAGCGCGCCGGCGAGCCCCGUGCACUACAUCCUCCGCUCCCCGCCCUCCUCCACCGCCGCCGCCGCCUCCCAGACCCAGUUCGCCGCCCCCGCCGAUGCCGAUGCGGAUUCCUUGGCGGCCGCGGGGGGCGAGUUCGAGUUCGCAGCGCGCGGAGCGCCGGGGCCCGAGGCCGGCGCGGCGAUCAUGAGCUCCGCCGAGGACCUCUUCGUCGCAGGCCGCAUCCGCGUCCGCUGCGGCGGCGGCCUCUCCCCGAUCCGCCAGGAGGGGGCGGCCGAGGGUCCGCAGGAGGAGGAGGAGUGGGAGGUAUGCGGCGGUGGCGGCGGGGACGCGGAGCGGGAGCGCGGCGGCGGACGCACGCCGCGGGCUACCCGACGAGCGAGGUCGGCAUCCCCGCCGCGGAGCCCGCGGGCCACCGGGGGCGCGGCGGAGACGUCGUCCGACCCCUUCGCGUCCUCGUCUUCCUCCUCUUCCUCGUCGUCGUCGUCCUCGGCGAAGAACAUCCGGCGGCGGAUGUCGCUGCGGGACCUGCUCGCCCGCACGGGGCCGGAUCAGGCGCCAGGCGCCGAGAUCAGCAGGACGGGUUUCUGGCCGCCGUCCAUAUGGCCGUCGCGGUCGUCCAGGAAGACGCUGCUGCCCGGCCCGGCCCCCGCGCCGCCGCAGCCGGGACGCCGGUCCACCUCGUCGGACAGGGCCGCGGCGCCGGCGCCGGCUAAGAGGGCGCCGGGCGGCGGCAGUGCGCGGCGCACCACGUCGCUGCCGUACCGCCAGGGGCUCGUCCUCGGAUGCCUGGGCUUCGGGGCCCGGAGCUACGGGCUCGCCAAGUCCAUGCAUCCCCUCUCCUCCCGGUGAAAGCGCAAGGAAGAAUUCGAUGAGGUGUGGUCAGGCCAAAAAGAAAAAAAAAAUCGUGGAUUCACGGUGUUUCAAGAAAUUUCAUGGGUUCCAUGGAAAAUGAUUCGAUUUCAAGUAGCAGUGCUUAUCCAUGAGACAAAAAAUCAAGUAUGUAAAUUGAAAUUUUGCAAUUUUUCAUGAUAUGCUAUGGAGUAUGAUUAGUUUUUCAUUUUAAAGGGAACAAAUGCAAGAUUUAAUUUUGUCGGGCUUUUGUUGUCCAUUGGUGAUUCCUACUAGAAACCUCCAUUUGUUCUUGUGUCGUUUGGUUUGAUAGACGGAGCUUUAUAUCUCUUGUAAUGAGUCUUAACUAACUGAUUGCUGGGUAAUCGAGGCGACCAAUAUAGAGUUGAGGAAUGAUACAAA